UUGGAAAUCAAAACCGGAAGAGAAUACAUUUAUUUGAUGCAGGCUAGCUUGACGCAGGUUACUGCUCUCCGAUCUGUCAGCCACGUCACCGCCUCUGAAACAACUUUCCUCUGAGACCACUGUGGACCCAGCUGAGUGUAUGAGUGGAUUCAGUGACAGUUGUAUCUGCUUAUCUACAUGCUUUUAGAUAAAGAGCCACCGAGCUCCCGGACAGACUCGGAGUUUACUCUGCAGCUGUUAGCUUCUUUUUAGCUUUUUGUCUCGUUACUCUUCUUGCACUCGCAGAGCGCGUUUGCUUUUUGUAGCCAAACAACUCUGCCCUGUCUCUGGAGGACGUGUAAGGCCUGUAAGGAGUUUUGUUUUUUAUCAAAACGGAACAUAAACAUGAAUAUCUUUCGUCUGGCGGGUGAUGUGUCACAUCUGGUGGCUAUCAUUAUCCUGUUACUGAAGAUAUGGAAAUCCAAAUCCUGUGCUGGCAUCUCUGGGAAGUCCCAGGUGCUGUUUGCACUUGUCUUCACCACCAGGUACCUUGACUUGUUCACUGUCUUCAUCUCUCCUUACAACACGGUCAUGAAGGUGGUCUUCCUUGGUCUGUCCUAUGCUACUGUGUACCUGAUCUACAUGCGCCUCAGGAACACGUACAACUCUGAGAACGACACGUUCCGUGUGGAGUUCCUGUUGGUGCCGGUCGUCGGGCUGUCCUUCCUGGAGAACUACGCUUUCACCCCACUAGAGAUCCUGUGGACCUUCUCCAUCUUCCUGGAGUCGGUGGCCAUAAUGCCGCAGCUCUUCAUGAUCACCAAGACCGGCGAGGCGGAGUCCAUCACCACCCACUACCUGUUCUUCCUCGGCCUUUACCGAGCCCUCUACAUAGCCAACUGGGUGUGGCGUUACCACACGGAGGGCUUCUUCGACCAGAUCGCCGUGGUGUCCGGCGUCGUGCAGACCAUUUUCUACUGCGAUUUCUUCUACCUUUACGUCACAAAGGUGCUUCGAGGAAGAGGAAAGAUGAGCCUGCCGAUGCCCAUUUAAAACGCACGUCUAUGCCGCUCAGCCACCCAUCUGUGCCUGCUGCAGCUCAGUAUCUGAACACAGACCUUGCCCUUCAACUGUACAUGUGUUUAGCAAGGGGACUAAUGGUCUGAUUGAUUGAGAUUGAUUUUCUGUGUGUGAGUCUGUAUGUUUGCAAUACGUGUGCAAACACGCACUGUUGUGGUCCGAAGUUUGUGAUGUAUGUUUUGUUUCUUUCUUCAUAAGAUGCAAAUGUGACACUGGAAAUGUGUCUCUGACAUGCACGUGGAACUUAAAGUGAGUAACACUAUGGAAACUGUAUUUGUCUUUCCCUUUUAGGCUCUGAGAGACACUUUGGCUCUGGAGGCGCUUAACAUGUUCUCAAUCCACACAAUUGUAAAUGUAGCUUCAGAUCAGAUUUAAAGCUGUUAAAAUACCAAAAGUGUCAUGUCACAGUGUCCUACAUUUUUACGCAGUAAUAACAAAUACUGUAAUUUUCAUUUGUACUCUAAGUCAAGUUCAUUUUAUUUUGUACCCCAAUAUCACACAUUUGCCUCAAGGGGCUUUACAAUCUGUAAAUCUUCCUCAGUGUCUUCCUCUUUUGUUGUGUCAUUUUCACUCCUGGAAUAGUUUACUGUAUUAUAUGCAAACACCUUUUCUUAUUGACAAGUAUGUUCCCUUUUUUAUAUUUCCUUUUUAAUCGUCUUUUAUAUUCCAAUGUAUUUCUUUAUGAGAGGAAAAAGGGCUGAACAGUUCAUCAUGUUUAAGUGAAACCAAAGAUUGAACAGAUAAAUGCUGUAAUGGUUUAAUCAAACAAAUGUUUGUCCACCCUGGGUUGCUUCCUUUAUCGGACUGUGAUGUCGAGUCAGGGAUAAAAAUGGGAAAAUGGUAGCAGAGAGUGAUAAAGUUCUGUAAAAGAUUAACCUUUUUUUUGACACUUGCAAAUGUUUUAGUCACAGUAAGCUGAAUUGCACACCAUUUUUAUGACUUUAUUAUAACAAGUGAAUUCUUUCAAGUCAAA